CGGGCCCGUCAGUCAUCUCGGUAAUCGCGAUCUUUUCGAGCGGAAGGCUAGUGGAAGCGUGAGUGAUUGUGUAUCAGAUAGGAGUCUACUUUCUCAAAUAGUACAGGACACACGAUCGUACAUCGAAACGCCACGCGAUGAAACCCUUGAUGUUGCACGGGCACGAGCGUGCCAUCACCAAGAUCAAAUAUAACAGAGAGGGAGAUCUAGUGUUCUCCGCCAGUAAGGACAAACAGCCCAAUGUUUGGUACUCGCUGAACGGAGAGCGCCUCGGCACCUUCAACGGGCACAACGGCUCGGUGUGGUGCAUCGACGUCAACUGGGACACCACGCGGUUGUUAUCCGGCAGCGGUGACAACACCCUGAGGGUCUGGGAUUGUCAAACUGGCAAAGAAAUAGGCCAACUGCACACGAACAGUUCCGUAAGAGCGUGCGGCUUCAGUUACUCGGCGGAUCUUGCGGUGUUCUCCACCGACAAGGCCCUGGGUCACCAGUGCGAGAUGUUUAUCAUGGACGUGCGAAACGUCGAUUCCACGAUGUCGCAGGAGGACGCGAUCUCUAGAAUAUCGGUCAAUGGCCCUAGAAUUUCCGCUAUAUUAUGGGGCGCGCUCGAUGAGACCAUUAUCACGGGUCACGAGGAUGGUGAAAUCAAACUCUGGGACGUGAGGACAGGAAAGAACCUGUCCAGCGUCAGAAGUCACAAGUCGCAGAUAAAUGAUAUGCAGUGCAAUAAGGAUGGCACCAUGUUUGUAACUGCGAGUAAGGAUCACACGGCAAAACUGUUUGACAGUGAAUCUUUGGUGCUACUGAAGACUUAUAAGACGGAAAGACCUGUAAACUCGGCUACGAUAUCACCAAUUUUCGACCACGUGGUUCUUGGCGGUGGUCAAGAUGCCAUGGACGUUACCACGACAUCCGCACGACAAGGCAAAUUCGAUUCACGAUUCUUCCACAUGGUGUUCGAAGAAGAAUUCGCACGUUUGAAAGGACACUUCGGCCCCAUCAACUCCCUCGCUUUCCACCCUAACGGUCGUAGCUAUUCCACAGGUGGAGAAGAUGGAUACAUCCGUAUUAAUAAUUUUGAUCAGUCUUACUUCGACUUUCAUUUCGAAUAUUAAAUUUAUCAAUCAAGAGACAUAUAUGUAUGAUACACAUAUAUAUAUAUAUAUAUUCUAACAGUACAUACA